AUGGAGGAGCUGGUGGGUCUGCGUGAGGGCUCUUCGGGGGACCCUGUGACUCUGCAGGAGCUGUGGGGCCCGUGUCCCCGCAUCCGCCGCGGCAUCCGAGGUGGCCUGGAGUGGCUGAAGCAGAAGCUGUUCCGAGUGGGCGAGGACUGGUACUUCCUGAUGGCCCUGGGGGUGCUCAUGGCCCUGAUCAGCUAUGCCAUGAACUUCGCCAUCGGCCGUGUGGUCCGAGCACAUAAGUGGCUGUACCGGGAGAUUGGGGACAGCCACCUGCUCCGGUAUCUCUCCUGGACCGUGUACCCUGUGGCCCUCGUCUCCUUCUCCUCGGGCUUCUCCCAGAGCAUCACGCCCUUCUCUGGAGUUCUUGCCUUGGAGUCAGCCCCAGGGUGGGGGGCCUGCUCCUGCCUGCGCAGGGCCCUGUCUCCCCCCAUGGGGUGGGGGAAGAGGAGGGCCGGCACUGGAGCUCCCCCCACCAACAGCAAGCCUCUGUACUCCGCCCUGGCGGCCUUGGUUCUCGCCUCCAUCACCUACCCACCCGGUGUCGGCCGCUUCAUAGCUUCUCGGCUGUCCAUGAGUGAGCACCUGGACUCGCUGUUCGACAACAACUCCUGGGCACUGACGACCAGGAACUCGUCCCCACCCUGGCCCGAGGAGCCCGACCCCCAGAACCUGUGGCUCGAAUGGUACCACCCGCCGUUCACCAUCUUUGGGACGCUCGCCUUCUUCCUGGUUAUGAAGUUCUGGAUGCUGAUUUUGGCCACCACGAUCCCCAUGCCCGCCGGCUACUUCAUGCCCAUAUUCAUCUUCGGAGCUGCCACUGGGCGCCUCUUGGGGGAGGCCCUCUCUGUCGCCUUCCCCGAGGGCAUCGUGGCUGGAGGGGUCACCAAUCCUAUCGUGCCUGGGGCGUACGCCCUGGCAGGGGCUGCGGCCUUCUCGGGGGCGGUGACCCACAGCAUCUCCACGGCACUGCUUGCCUUUGAGCUGACCGGCCAGAUUGUGCACUCACUGCCUGUGCUGAUGGCGGUGCUGGCAGCCAACGCCAUCGCCCAGAGCUGCCAGCCCUCUUUCUACGACGGCACCAUCAUCGUUAAGAAGCUGCCGUACCUGCCGUGGAUCCGCGGCCGCAAGAUCGGCUCCCACCGCGUGACUGUGGAGCACUUCAUGAACUGCACCAUCACCACGCUGGCCAAGGACACGCCGCUGGAGGAGGUGGUCAAGGUCGUGACCUCCACAGACCUGGCUGAGUACCCCCUGGUGGAGAGCACAGAGUCUCAGAUCCUGCUGGGCAUUGUGCGAAGGGCCCAGCUGGUGCAGGCUCUCCAGGCUGAGUCCCCUUCCUGGGCUCCAGGACACCAGCGGUGUCUCCAGGACGUCUUGGCUGGCGGCUGCCCCACAGAGCCAGUGACCCUGCAGCUGUCUCCAGAGACCUCCCUGCACCAGGCGCAUCACCUCUUCGAGCUGUUGAACCUUCAGCUGCUCUUCGUGACGUCGCGGGGCCGAGCUGUGGGCUCCGUGUCCUGGGCCGAGAUGAAGAAGGCCAUUUCCAACCUGACAAAUCCGCCAGCCCCCAAGUGAGCCAGUCUGCCGAGAUG